AUGCGACUCCCUGGACUGCCGUGGGCGGGAUUUAAUCUCCUUCGUUUGGUCGGCGUGGUCUUUAUCAUCUGGGCAUUUGUAGCACAAUUUAUCGCGCUUGCUAACAAUCUCUCUGCUAAUUCAAGAUCAUCUGUCUCGACUACUUCGCUGACAACCUCCGAAUCUUCUUCUUCGUCCUCUUCGGAUGGUCAGCUGGUAACAGCGUCUUCUACUAUCGAUAGUCAGUGGGGAGCAUCGCCCAGUUCCCCAUCAAGCACCACCUCUCUUGCAUUAGCAACUUCUGGAUCGAUCAUCACUAAAGGACAAGGCAUCAGCCCCGCGAAUGCUAUAGCGGAGGACGGCAAAUCAGGCGGCCAGAUGAUCAAGAGAGCAAAGGAGACUGACGACGGCAAUGAGACUUCGGCCAACUGGGGAAUGUCAAGUAUACCCGACCAGCCUGGGGGCAUCACGUUUACGAUAAUAUCGAGGUUGAUGAUGGCCAUCGUCCUCGGUCUCCUCCUGUGCGGACAAUCCGGCUGGCCCGAGAUGUUCUUGUACAAGUACGUACCUUGGCUGGGGCCGCAGUCAACACCAAUUUGGCUGGGUCUGGUAGAGGUGGUGGUGGCAAUAGAAAACCUGCGUGUAUAUGCUAAGAGUGUGGUCCUCAUUUCGGCUUGGGGACUGUUUGCGGUCGGACUGUUCAAUCUUUUAAUCGGCGCAGUAUUGCUCUACUUGGGCAGACGCCUUCCCAAAUCGCCUCCUGCCCCCUUAUACUUCAACAUGUCCCAGCGCCCACUCUUUUGGACGUCAUUGCCCCCUUGUUAUCGUCAACUGUGUGAGAACGCGUAUGAGAUCGGACUCGAUGAAGAUGAAGAGGACGAAGAAAAGUCUAUCAAGUCUAACCAUCAUUCCACCACCCAUAAUCUUACCCUCGCGCCGGCAGCGCCUCUGAUGGGAAGGCCCAAAGCGCCUCAUCAAGACGUCACUCGCGGCGGCUAUCCCACCUUUUCGGGAGGAGGGCCGGCAGAUCCUGGUAGACAGGUGCCUACGGGUUUCCUCGAGCGGGCCAAAGACGGCAGACUUCUCAAGUUUGUGAACGAAAACGGACAGGAAGUAAGCCCACAAGUGCAAACGAACCCGAGACCGGAAGAGUUGGGUGCCGAGAGGGGUCAUCCGCGCCGGAUUGAACCCUCUGGUUCGGGUGGAGACCGAAAGGAAGUACGAGUCAUACAGAAUCGACUGCCGCCGAGAACGUACUCCAAGGGGAGAACACCUGCAGCUCUGAAUCUUGACGGAACAGAGAAGGCUAUGGCUUCAAGGAAUGCGCCUGACCAGGCUGCUCCAAAGCCUCCCCAUGUCCGCCCGAUACCAAGACAUGUCCAACAGGCGCGUGACGAGAUGACCAAUAGUCUGUCUCGCGUCAACUCUAAGCGCCAGUCAACUCUGUCAAGCGUGUCGACCAUAUCUGCCACCAAGGAUCUGGGACCACAGUUCCCAUUACCUCCCACACGCUCGUUCUCUGCCGACUCUAUAAGCUCAUUGGGUAGCCCCAAGCCGGCGGUGACACAACCUUCCGGUUCCGCCACCACAGCGCGUAUGCAUAGCAAACGAGGUAAAGGGCCCCCCCCAAGAGAACUCGAUCUCCCAAAACCCAAGGAGAGAGGAAAGUCUCGACCCGAGUCAACGGUACUCACGCCCAAGUCACCCGCCAUGAGUGUGCGUGAGCCACCUCUCACGGCGCCGCCUCUCUCUCCUACCCACAGUCAAUCAGGCCCAUCGAUACCACGGCCUCUUCCUCAACAUAAACGUUCGGCCACACUACAAGCGCACUUGUCCGGGCCUCCCGGCAAUUUGCCGCUCCGCUCAUCUAUGGCCCCGUCCGCUCUCACUCGAUCCGAGUCCUCCAGAUCGGCCAAGGGUACCAGGCUCGCUCAUGGCGUCCGCUUCAUGGACAAGGUAGAGGAACGGUCUCCCUCUCCUCCAUGUACCGGGCAGACCGGGACGACGACCGCUACCACAGUCACGACAGAAGGCUACAGCGACGACGAUGAGAUCACAGCCGAAUUAAGGAGUCCAGCAAGGAGAGGCGUUAGGGUCCCUGGGACCAACUUUCAGCUUCCAGCACUGUCAUGGCCUGGCCUGGGGUCGGCACGUAGAGAUUCAUUUGAUCAUGACAGUACACGAGGAAGCGUCCUCUCGGACAGCUCACUGGAAGACUUGAACACUAGUUCGAGUGAUGAUGACUCGCUUCCGUAUAGGAAAGAGACAAGCGCAAAGCCAAAAGACGCCCAAGAUAGGAAACGAGCCAAUCCUUCAGCCUCGAAAAGGCCGAAGACUGUAGCGAUAUUGGGCGGAAGUUAUCUUGAUGGCCGUAAAGAAACACGAGAGAGGAGGCCUUCUAGCAUGAGCUUUGAUUUGAGGUCGUCCCUAGGGUGA